ACGAGAUCACAUGAUCCGCGGCGGUCCGUGUUAGCUUGUUGUUAGCCUGUUAGCAGCUAGCCCCGUUAGCAACGAGCCUCUUUGCAGCGCACCAGGAAACGGUGCGACCUGGCGAGAUCUCGACACCUCGCCACACAGUCGCCGAGGCGGUCGUCUGUCAAACACAUGUCAUUUCGGUCGCUUCGUGCUUUAUUCGUCGUUGGCACCGCGGGGCCCCAGAAGCUGUGAGCCGGUUGAACGUUACCUACAUGGCCGUUCACUCCAACAUCACACAGAAGAGCAUGUGACUGAGGACUAGUGUAUAAAGCACAUGAUCUGGACCAGUGGAGGCCAAAGUCAAUCGAGGGCAAAAGUAAUUCAAAGCGGACAAGCGGGAGUGAAUAGCCAUGACGACGAAGACGUCCCUGCUGAAAGUGAUCCUGCUGGGUGACGGCGGUGUCGGAAAAAGCUCCAUCAUGAAUCGCUACGUCACCAACAAGUUCGACGCGCACCUUUUCCACACCAUCGGUGUGGAGUUCCUCAACAAGGACCUGGAGGUAGAUGGCCACCAGGUUACCCUGCAGAUCUGGGACACUGCCGGCCAGGAGCGCUUCCGCAGCCUGAGGACUCCUUUCUAUCGAGGCUCUGACUGCUGCCUGCUCACUUUCAGCGUAGAUGACAACCAGAGUUUCCUCAACCUGGGCAACUGGAAGAAGGAGUUCAUCUACUAUGCGGACGUCAAGGAGCCGGAGAAGUUCCCGUUUGUGAUCUUGGGCAACAAACUGGACGUGACUGAGCGGCAGGUGUCUGCUGAGGAGGCUCAGCAAUGGUGCAAGGAGAACGGCGACUACCCCUAUUAUGAGACCAGUGCCAAGGAUGCUACCAACGUAGCAGUGGCCUUUCAGGAAGCAGUGCGGAGAGUGUUGGCAAUGGACGAAAGAACAGACCACCUCAUCCCCACGGACACAGUCAAGCUCCACAGAAAACCUCGCUCUGCCGGCACUUGCUGUUCAUAACGUCCAGGAGUUUUCACUAACAUUAAUUUGCUGUCAUGCGACGAUGCUGUAGGUGUACAAUGCUGUAGUAAUAUCCUAUUUAAACAAAUUAUGCUACUGGCUUUGUGAUUUGUUAUACUGUUAACGGUUUGAUAAUGCUAAUAGCUGGACUUGGGUUUGAAGAGAGAGAGAUAGAACACUAAAUCCAUCCCAGUCUAAGUACAAAUUAUCACAAAAGCACUGAAUCAUUUCACUCACAAAAGGAUUGCAAAAAAAGAAACAUAAUUUUGUGUUGGCUUUAAAUUACCUGUGGGGAAGUAAAUACAGUAUGUGUUUAACAAAUGCAUUAUCUUUGAAAAGUUUUCACUUCCCUAUCAAAUGGUACAAUCUUCCAUUCAAGUCAAAUUAUAUUGUGACUCACUGAUGAUGUUUAGAAGUGUGCUACCUCGGUAGUCCUUGUGAUGGGGUCCUUGAACUUCACUCCAGAAUGUGACUAUGCUGAUUAGGUGAUGACCUGUAUAUUUGUAUUAAGAAAAUAAUUGCAUAAUUAAAAUAAUUUAAACAACCCAAUAACCUUAUUCCCGAGGAUUGUAAAGUAGCUAAGGCACUACUCUGUGUAACUAACAAAUUAAGGAUGAUCGCACCUUAGGGUGUUGUUUGUGGACAUUCUGCAUAGUAAAUAGAUUGUGGCUAUGUGCUGGAAGCACUGAGGGACAUGAUCCCUAACAGAAGAUAAAUAUUUAAGCGAAGUUAACAUGCAUGGCAUAUGGUGUAUUUAUGCAUCUGGAAAGUUAUUAAUUUUCCACACUUUUGACUUAAAUCACUGAAUCAAGCUACAGUAUUUCCUUUAAUUAAAUAGUGGUCAUGAUUAAGUAAACUCUUUUUUAUCAUUGUUGGGCUUAUUGUUUUAAAUAAUGAUUUUGAUCAUUAUGCACUCAAUGAACAUCUUGUCCCCUUCCCUGCGCGUAAUUUUUUUUACAUGCUGAUCCAUUCAUUUAUCUUUAUGGUUUCUCAUUUGGAUUUCAUUUGUAUUUAAAGAUGUUCUUCUGGUAAACCAAACAAUAAAAAAAAAACCUUCA